AUGUGGAGAGUAAGUGUUUUUUUUGGGGGGGGUGUGGGGGGUUUUGGUGGUUUAUUGUAUGGGGGGGGGUUAAGGGGGGUGGAUUUGGUGGGGUGGGUUUGGGUUAUUUUGUGUUGUGUGGUUUGGUGGUGGUUUGUGUGGGGGUGGUGGGUGGGGAGAUUGGUGUUUGAGUGGUAUAUGGGGGGGGGUUUUGGGUUGAUUUGGUUGGGAGUUGGGGUGGGGGGGGUUGUGGAUGGGGGGUUGAGUGUAGUGGUUUGGUGGGGUAAGAGGUUUGGGGUGGGGGUGAGAAUGGUGGGGGGGGAGUUGAAGUGUAGGUGA